GGGCAAAAAUGGCAAAUGAUGUAAUAAUCAGGGGCAAAGACAGGCUACAAGAGAUUAGCAUGAAAUUGGAGCAGAGUCAUUUGGUGUACUUGCAAACGGAUGACAGUCCAUUGAAGCUGCAACAACGACACAAAUUGGAAGGCUUUAUAAAGGAAUACCUUUGCCUGGUACCCAAUGAGAAUAAAUAUGUGUUUCAAGAGACAGCAGAUAUUUUGCACAGAUCAGCAGCUACAGUGACGGAUUUCAGUGGAUACAGAGCAGCUACUGCUUGGAGCGCAAUUUCCCUGUAUGCGGCUAAUCUUUUGGCACAACCUUGGCGAAAAGAAUAUAGGACAGUGAGGACGUACAGUGGUUAUUACAAGCAUGAAGUAGAGGCGAAUCUCAUAGGUGCAGAAUUAAUGUUUGAACAAAUGGGAUACAAGCACACUGGUCUAGGUGUGUUGACCUUGGACGGACCGAUUGAUCCGGACAAGGUCUCAAAUGUCAGCAGGGACGCUAUUGUAGCCUUUGUAGAGUGUCAGAUUUUGAAGCAAAUAUGGGAAAGCGUGUCGCAGAACUACACCAUCUCUUGGCUGGAGGUCCUGGAAUUUCGCGAGAGCCACGUCGGUACACCCGAGCAGGCCAUACGAGCCCUCAACUAUCGCUUUCUCGAGAAGAUGCAUCAGAACCGGUGCGCGAAGGUCGACAGCUACAAAGAUAUCUACUACCCGCAGCAAACGAGCGUCGAGACCGUGCCGUUGCCUCUGCCCUAUCAUCACCCAGUCGUGCACGCCAGUUACAACGCGACGAUGCCGUCGGUUUGUCAAACGGCGGACUAUCGGUGCAUCGAGGACGCGACAAACGUGGCGGUACCGGCCAGUUAUCGAUUCUACCAGCCCAUCGAUCACGGUUUUGUCAAUUGUUGCAACAGCUACGGCUGCCUGGCGUCCCACGGGAGUAAAUUCUACGGCAACGUUGGCCAGCCGCAUCCGUAUUGCGCCACUUUACCAGCGUACGCGGCCCGAGUGCCUACUGGCAGGCUGAUCGAGCUUGACGUGCCAGGAUCGGUUGCGAAUUACGCGGAUAAAAUUCACGCUCCUCGCAAACCUACGCAAACCCACCGAAUAUCGGAUCUGGACGAGGUGGACUUCUACAGACGGCAGACCUCGAGCGAGGGGGACCACCACGAAUACGGUAAAAACGACAAGAGGCAGGUGGUCGGCAAGUUGAACUCUAGCGUUGGUAGAGACGGCUACGAUAACGACGGCUCGUGGGACUUUGUGUACAGAAAUCUCGAGAGCUUAGGCUAUUACAAAGACCUCGACGUUCGGGACGACGUGUUGCACAAGAAGGAGCUGGAUCCCGUGCGCGCGCUCAAGCACAAGACACUCAGGCAAGCGGAGAACGAGGACAAGUACAGCGGGCAUAGAUUGGAGAAGAGAAGAACCGGCAGCAGGACCGAGGCGAAUGACGUGGACUCGGUCGAGAUGAACGGUAAGGGUCACCAGGAUAUUCUGCCCUUCAAGAAGAAGUCCUCGUCCUUCGAUUUGUCGGAUUCGAAUAGGUACAGCACCGAAACGUAUAACAGGGAGAAAAAGCACAACAGCCAAACUCUGCCGAUUCCGCGAACGCACAAAUCCUCGGAUCAGAUAGCGAAAAUUGCGGAUUCGCUCAAGAAUCUCGAUGUCGCGCGAUUGAGCAGGGGAGAGAAGGAGGAGGAGGAGGCGGCGAGCAAGAGGAAGUGGAAUUGCGCCACGUGCACGUAUCUGAACGCAGCUGAUCGGGAUAUCUGCGAGAUGUGCGCCAAGUCGAGGUGCAAGGGAAACGAGGAUAAACCGCUCGCCAGCGGUGGUAAGGAAUGCCCGAAAUGCACGCUGGUGAACGAGAAGAACGUCUCUAUCUGUGAUGCUUGCCAUACCAGUCUGAAGGAUUCCCCGACGUACAUAUGAACAGACUGAGAGAAGGAGAGAGAAGCUCUUGGCGAAAGAGGAAGGGAGCUUUCGCACAUUUUUCACAAAGGUUUGCACAAAGGUAUUUUGCGUGUAAGAUAUAGGAUCCUUGAAGGACGAAGUUGUAAUGUGAAUCUUGUCCAACGACCUAAGAGAAACAUGAAUACAGAAAACUUAAAGGCAUAAAAUAUAUAUUAGCGUAUACAUGAAUUUAUCAAGUAUAUGAAGAAGAGAAAGCUAUUUAUUUAAAAUUUAUCUCGCGCAGGAUAAAGGGAGCUUGUAAUAUAAGAAACUUUCUUAGCGUUUAUUGAUAUUGUUACGUUGUGUGGCCUAUUAAAUGAGUAUCGAGUAGGCACUGACUUCGCAUGCAUCACUGUUAUUAGUAUUACUAUAGCAUUCGACGCGAGGUAAUUAAAAAAUUGUAAUUAAAAAAUAAAAUUUAAUCGCAGAUAUUAGGCCGAGGUUUAUAAAACAAUAUCACGAGAUUAAUUGAGAGAUGCGUGAAACGCUGGAACAUUACUUAUUCGACAAAUAUUUAAUCAUAUGUUUAUUCUUCUCGUAUACAGGAUGUUUCAGACCACUCGUACCAGCCAUUUAAAAACCAGAGAAGUGGUUAUUUCAAAAAAGUAAAAACAUUUUCUUUAUAAAUCGGGUGCGCUCUAUCGAAUAGUGAUAUUUUCAACUUCUGGUUCCGGCCGGAAAUAGGUAAUUCAGACCGGAAGUGCAUUUUUUUU